CAUGACAGCUGACGGCGAAAUUUUUUGCUAGGAGAAAAACGUGUUUUGCUUGUUUGGCUGCCGCGAAAGUGCCUAAAUCUCGUGUAAGAUGUCCACAAAUGUUCAAAUUCGUCUCGCCAGGGAUCGAGUGGACAGCGAACUGCUGUCCAGUGAUAAAACACCGCGUCUGUACACACCGGGAGAAGUGAUAACGGCUCAACAUGGAUAUAUGAGAGGACAUGGAACGUACAUGGAGGGAGAUGACAUCAAAGCCUCCGUAGCGGGUGUGAUGGAGAAGGUGAACAAGUUAAUCUGCAUAAAACCACUGAAAAGCCGGUAUGUCGGAGAGAUUGGCGAUGUGGUUGUGGCGAGAGUCACUGAAGUCCAGCAGAAGCGCUGGAAAGUGGACACAAAUUCGCGUCUAGACUCUGUACUGCUCCUCUCCUCAGUCAAUCUUCCCGGAGGGGAACUUCGACGACGAGGAGUGGAAGAUGAGCAGAUGAUGAGAAAUUAUCUGAAGGAGGGAGAUCUGAUAUCAGCCGAAGUGCAGAACAUUUUCCAGGAUGGCAGCCUCUCCCUUCACACCAGGAGUCUCAAGUAUGGAAAGCUCUCUCAAGGCGUUCUAGUUAAAGUAUUUCCAUCGCUGGUGAAGCGCUGCAAGACGCACUUCCACAAUCUUCCCUGCGGAGCCACUGUGAUCCUCGGAAACAACGGAUUCAUUUGGAUAUCGCCCAACACCGGCACAGAGGGCGAGGAUGACGGAGGCUUCAACCAGAACCUGCAGGAAUCCGUGACAAAGAGCGACCGGGAAGUCAUUGCGCGACUAAAGAACGUCAUUGGAUCUCUGGCGGCGUCCAAGCUCAUGUUGUACGACACCAGCAUCCAGUAUGCCUUCGAGGCCUCCCUUAAGUAUGAAGUUCAUGAGCUCCUGAACCAGGAGGCGAUGUUCGAUGUGGCAUUCCUCACGCAGCAUCGCCUGAAGCUCCACGAAGACUGACCUCAUUCGCGCUUUGGUGACCGUUCCGGAGGUGAAUUGAGCACACACACAAGCAAAGUACUGUUAAAGUGGAGUAGUAAACAAUUGUCUUAUC